GUGGCGGGAAGUGCGGAGCUGGGGCUGAGUUGGCGCGAGAAGACACCCCCCCCACCCCGCCAUGGCCAGCAGCAGCUCGCAGCACCAGCCCACCAUCGGCUUCCCCCGCAGGAGGAGCGCCCGCCGCCUCGCCGCCCCCCCGGCCAAAAGCGGCCCCGGCCCCACCGCCCCCACCGCCCUGCGGCUCUCACCCUGCCCCAGGGCCUCGGGCCCCGCGGAGCCCGGCCGGGCGGCCCCCGUCACACGCUCAGCCUCCACCAACGUGCUGCCCCUGAGCCCCCGCAAGCGCCUGGGUGACGACAACCUCUGCAAUGUCCCCCGCACCCAGCCCUGCUCCCCGGCCAAGCGCAGCAAGGAGAACCAGGGGCGCCGCUUGCUCUUCGGGGACCCCCCAGCCUCCCCUGAGAAGCCCGGCAGCCCGGGGCCAUCCCUGCGGCGCGAUGGGCAGGAGACCCCCCGGAGCUCGGGGCUCAGCGGGCAGCCUGCCCGCACCCGGCUCUUCCGGCAGGAAGGUACCCGCUACCAGCAGGCAAAGCGGGUGCUGCACGCGGCUGUGCCCGACCGCCUCCACGCCAGGGAGAAGGAGACCGGCAUCAUCCGGCAGUUCCUGCGGGACCACGUCUGCGGGCGCCGGCCCGGCAGCCUCUACAUCUCUGGAGCCCCCGGGACGGGGAAAACGGCCUGUGUGAGCCGCAUCCUGCUCGACUGCAAGGAUGAGCUCACCGGGAGCAAAACCAUCGUCCUGAACUGCAUGUCGCUGAGCAGCCCGCAGGGCGUCUUCCCUGCUGUGGCGCAGCAGCUGGGCCUGCCCGCAGCCGCCGGCCGGGAGGGUGUGCGGAGGCUGGAGAAGCAGCUGACGGCCCGGGGGCCCAUGGUCCUGCUGGUGCUGGACGAGCUGGACCAGCUGGAGAGCAAGGGGCAGGACGUGCUCUACACCCUCUUCGAGUGGCCGUGGCUGCCCGGCUCCAGGCUUGUCCUCGUGGGCUUGGCCAACGCGCUGGACCUGACGGACCGCAGCCUGGCCAGGCUCGGUGCCCGGCCGGCCGGCAGCCCUCGGCUGCUGCACUUCCCGCCCUACACCAGGGAUCAGCUCACCACCAUCCUGCAGGAGCGGCUGGGGCAGGUGGCCGGUGACCCCGUCCUGGAUGCUGCCGCGCUCCAGUUCUGCGCCCGCAAGGUCUCUGCGGUCUCCGGUGAUGCUCGCAAGGCCCUGGACAUCUGCAGGCGUGCCGUGGAGGUGGUGGAGCUGGAGGUGCGGAGCCAGACCCUGCUCAAGCCGCUGCCCGGCGGUGAUUCCCCGGCAUCCCCCGUCCCCAAACGCGUGGGGCUCCUGCACAUCUCCCGUGUGAUCUCGGAGGUGUUUGGGGACCGGCUGGCAGUGGGGGGCUGGGGGACCCGGGACGCCUUCCCGCUGCAGCAGAAGGUGCUGCUCUGCUCCCUGCUGCUGCUCGUCCGGCACCUGCGUGCCCAGGAGGUGACGCUGGGGAAGCUCCACGACACCUACAGCCAGGUCUGCCGGCAGCAGCAGCUCCCCGCCGUCGACCAGGCUGAGUGCCUGUCCCUCAUCGCCCUCCUUGAGUCCCACGGCAUCCUCGAGCUGAAGAAAGCCAAGGAGGCCCGGCUGGCCAAGGUCUCUCUGAAGAUGGAGGAGGCGGCGGUGGAGCACGCGCUGCAGGAUGCGGCACUGGUGGGCAGCAUCCUGGCCCAGGGGCUGCGUUAGCCCUCGCCCCCACGGCCCCUCGGCACGGGCCGGGCAGACGCUGCCCCGAGUGGGAUUUCGGCGCGUGCGUGGUUUGGCCGGGCCGUGGUGGGAGCAGGGAAAUGCUCCCAGGGGCCUCUGCCGCUGUUUGUCGAGUCCUGCCCUGGGGCCCUCCGUCUGGGGCAGUUUUAUUAUUAUAUUUUAAUUUUAUUUUAUUUUAUUGGGGUUUUUUUGGGGGUCUGUGGCUGGAGCCAAGGUGGGGGGCUGGCACCUGCUGGAGCCCCUUUGCAGCAACGGCCGUGGACGGUGGGUGCUCCCAGCCCUGCUCCCACCCUGGCACAUGGGAUGUGGGGGGGGACCCGGCGUUUCUCCCGGCAAUGAGCCGUGGACGCAUUUGCUCCCGGCUUGUUCGGAGCCUUCCGGGUCCCUGUCAAGCCCCCGACUCUGCGAAGGAGGGUCCCGGUGCCGGCAGCGGCAGAGGAGGGGGUGCACGGCAUGCUCGGCUCCAGGCUGUGCCUGGUGGGG